AUGAAAUUGCAAGACUUUCGAGUGCGAGAAAUUACGAGGAAAGCACGUGAAGAGAUAAAGAGAUCUAAGAUAAAUAAGGAAAGUGUGUUAGAGGAUAAGGAACGAAUAAUAUGCAAGAAUUAUGAUGUAAUAGAUGGAUUAAGGAAAGAGAUUUUUAUGGAAAAAGAGGUUAUGUUGCGAACAAAGAAAUCAAGAUCCACUCCAAACAAAAACGGAAAGAAAACUAGUCGAUCAGCACGAAAAAAGAAAAUUGGUGGAACGAUCAAUAGAACAGAGGAAUUCGGAGAAAAUAUGGAAAGUAAGAAAUUUCAAGGAGAAUAUCGAGCUGAAAAACGAGAAAAGAAAAGGGACGUUGUUAAGGUCGAUAAUAAGAAGAUAGAAGAAGAGCGAAAAAAUGAUAGAGUUACUGGACCUUUAUUGGACACGCCACCACAAAGAGUUUUUUCAGAAUUGGGUGGCAUUAGUAUGUAUCAAAGUACAAAAAAGACCAAUGAAGAAGAGGUCGUGAAAAUUAUUAACGAUCAAAGAGAUGAAAUGAAGAACGUGCCGAAGAUGAAAAUUCCCUACGAACGUUAUACUGUGCUUUCACCACCGUUAUUAGGAUGGGAGACGAAGCGAGUAAAAGUUAAAAUUGGCGCUCACUAUAGUACAGCAAUAGCUAAAAAAAUCACAAAAAUCAUUGAUUAUCGUGGUAACGCAGCAGUAAUUCAGUUCUCCAUUCUCGCGUUCAAGGAGCUGGUGAACCAAACGGUUUUGAUUCGAACAGACAACACGACAUGUGUAGCCUAUAUCAAUCAUCAGGGCGGAUCUCUCAAAGAUCGCAGAGAAUUUGUGGACGUUGUGUUUGAAACGCAAUCUGAAACUAAUAGCGGAACAUAUUCCCGGCAUAAAAAAUGUGGAAGCGAAUCAAGCAUCAAGGAUGAUGCUCGAGAAGAACGAAUGGAAGUUACAUCGCAGAUUUUUCAUUUGUAUGUUAUUGUACGGGCGUGCUUAAUAAUGUCUGAAUCACACGAACACUUACUAGCUAAUCAUGAUAAAACACUUAAGACAAAAGGCCAAUAA